AUGGGGGACGCAUACUGGAUGUACAGUGACGGGCGCCCGCAGGCGGGGGCGAUGCAAUCCUCUCAGGGGCCUGUCAAGCGUGCCCGCUCCGAGUACGCUGGUGAGUCCAUCUCUGUGCUCCUCUCGACCUCUUUUCCGCCCUCUUGGAAGAUUUCAUUUGUAACGCACUCUCUCGUAGGGUUUUGUGCGGCAUUUUUGAGGCGGGUAGAGUCAAAAGUUGAUUAAACUCUUCGUAGUUUUCUAACGGCAUUUCAGCGAGCUUGAAUAUUACGCAUAGAUAAUGUGACCACGCAGAAUUGGAUAAAAAAAGAAGAGGGCAAUCCCUUUAAAUAAUGACAUGAACACAACACUUAUAACCAGUCGACUCUCUCUUUUUCUAAAUAGGGCAAUGACUUUCAGUCAUGAGAUAUACAAACCAGUCGUAACUACCUAAAUUGAAACAAAAAGGAUUAUUCUUUUUGGCUUAUGAAUAAAUAAAAAUUAAAUGAAUAAGGGAAUAAUUUUCUGUGAUAAUUAGAUGCACAAAUCCAGACUUGAAAAAUAGAAUAGAAGUGCAGUCUUUCGGAUCGCCCAUACUGUUUUAUAAUCACUAGAUCGAAAACCUAAAAAAUGGUUUUCGAAGGAUACAUUUAUGAAGAUGGCAUACGUUUUAAACAAUGUUUGUUUCAAAUAUUUGUUUAAGCGCACUGGUUGUGACAAAGACUAAAUAUCAAAGGUAGUUAUUUAUCCAUAUGAUUAGUACCUUAUAAUGUGCAGGAGACAGAGAAGAACGCAUGCCUUAAAUGUUAAGGUUUCGGUUGAUUUUAUUGAUGAUGUGCUGUUAAAAAAAAAGAAAUAAUGGGCUGAUGCUGUGUACUAAAUUCAUCAAAUUUUAAUUCGGGAGAGCGUUCACUUAUACGCAUUUAUUUACACCAAAGGAGUGGCUGGCUUUGUUUCACUUCUUAUUGUGAAGCUUCUGGGUAGAAAUCUCAUUCGGGUCAAAUGAUGAUUUUUUUUCCUGCAUUCACUGGUGAUGUUGGCAUCUCUGUAACACUUUAUAUUGCCGUUAUUGUGAUGUUUACCCCCCUUUUGUGUAGAAUUAUUUUAAUGUCAUGGCGUGCAACACUUUAGGUGAAUAGAAAAUUUAAGCUAAUUUUCAAUGUAUUUUUCUAGCGACCUUUGAAUAUUGCUUCUUGGGACAUUCUUUACCAUAAAUUCACAAGGUUCUUCUUGGUUGUUGUUGAGUUAGUGCUCUCCCUGUUGUGGAUAAAUGUUGAGAAAUAAGUUAUGUGUACCGCCUUCAAAUUGUGUUACUUCGUCAUGUAAUAUGACACGGGAUACGAGCUUUAUGAACGAGUAUAUCAACACUCUUUACUCUUUGUGUUAUGCUUAUUUUUUUUGCCUUUGGGCAACAUCGGUGCUUCCUUUGAAGUGCCCUGAUACAAAGCAACAUCCUCUUUACUACAUAAAAAGGCCUUUGAUAUUUGUUUCUGUAAAAAGAGGUCGGUGUCGUUCUUAAAUUGUAGGUGGGGAGGUUUAAGGAAGUAUAAAGUAUAGUAUAGAUAGGAAGAGACAUGUUACUAUGGGAAGAGGGAAAGACUACAAAAUGGACAACACAUUAUAAUUUUUUAUAGAGUGAAGCAAAUAUCAGAGAAAAUCUUGUAGCAGGUAAGCCUUAGGUGACUCAAGCCCUUCUUUCCGGCUUCAUAAGAGUUUACUUAAAGCGACUAGAAUCUUCUGUGUGUGGCAUUGAAAAUGCUGAACAAACAAUGCUCAUGAAACGAUGCUUAAGAUAAUAUUUGAAAGGCAAGUUAGGAUUUUGACUGAAAAUAAGGAUUUCAUUUUCAGUCAAAUAUGCAUUUUCUUCAGUAAUGUCUAUGGUGCAUUACUUGCAUGAUUUAGCUGGAUCCGUCUAGCGAGCUACAGUCUUGUUCUCCUGAAAUGCUCGAAGCAGUUGUCUUCUUUUGAUUUGGGAAAAGCUAUAUCCUAUUUUUCUUUGGGUUCAUUUGUUUUGCCAAUAUUUUGGGAUAUUCCCUGCUUGAAAGGUCUCCUCCAUGAAAUGUAGUUUCAUGGACUAUGAGCUUUCUAUCUUUGUGUGAUUUUAAAUGUUGGUAUUCAUAAUCGUAUGUGCAUUAUUUGAGGCUGAUGAUUCGUGAUAUACGAUAGCUUGAUUUUCAUUUCUUAGAUCAUGAGAAAAAAUAAUUUCAUGGCUGGACUUGUUACUGUUAACAGUAUCCAUUUAGACCGCCCAAUCAAAAUGGUAAAAAGGUAGGAUUCCUUCUUUGGUCUUCACCUAAAUAAGAUAUGUUGUAAGUAGAUUCAUGACAGUAAGAUAAGUAGAUAUUUGAUCAUUGAAAAAAGAUUUUUUUUGGGUGGUGAUUAAAUGUUGCGAAUUUAUAUUGUGUCUUCUACGUGGAAACAUUUGAUCCAUUUUUAUCAUUUGUUUUCCCUUUUAAGGCUUCCCAUCACCUGUCAAGAAAUGAAGCCAUUGUGAUGAAUUUUUUUCUAUUGAGUCUUACAUUCGGUGUUGUAUAAAUGAUCCUUUUUUUUUUUAUAGCAUUAGGGCACUAUGCCUUUGCGAUCAGAUCUGACUUCUUGAAAAAUUCAUUCUCUGCCUCAUUUUGUGAUUGUUGGUCCAGAUGCUCUCUGCAAUCUACUUCAGAAUGCGUACCAUCUAUUGCAAGAUAUAUUUCUUCUGUUUAAAAUAUAUGAAUUCUGCAUCCUCAAGAGCUGAGAACUUUUCUAAAAAUUCUUGUAUCUGUAUGCCACAUUGUUCUCCAUGGUAUUUACGACAUGUACCCUCUUAUGAUUUUCGAGAAUACGUUAAUAGUUAUACAAUCCUGCAAAAAUAUCGAUCAAUGCUCCCCCUACGCAGAUGCUAAAAAAUAUUAUUAUUAUACGCUGUGCACUUCACACAAUCUCUGCCACCAUCAUCUCUGUAUAUUAUAAGAGGAGCUUACACUGAGCCUCUCUUUUGAAUCACAUUUCCACCUUGUAUCAUGUUCCAGCCUAUUACUGUAUUUUUAUAUUAACUAUUGAAGUUGCACAUGUUUAAUCAUUUCUGAAUUGUAGGAUCUCCAUUUUUCUUGAACUCCCAAUUCAAUUGGUGCCUUCUCUCAUAUAAACCCAAAUCAAGGUUGGAUUUGUCACUGCAAGCCUGAUCAGUUGCCUGUGUGAUAUUCUUUCCAAUGUAGACAUUUAUAUGGUGCAUCAUUGUUUUAUUCUACAUAAUAACUUUUUAUUCAUUAGAAAAUUUAUCGGCUCAGUCCUUAUGCAGGCCGGACAGCUUGGUUAAUCUUGUCUGACAUGACCCGGUCCAAGAAUUUAUGAUAGACAAAGACUGAGUAAAAAAAAAAGAUUAGUGUUAUUCACUUUGGUCAUCACAAUCCACUGUGCUGUCCAUCGAUUUAAGGAUUUAUUUCUUUGGCAGGUUUGAGAGGCAUCAUUGCAGCUUUAUGCAGCAAGUAGCUUGGCAGUGUCAGUGAAAUCUUAGUAGCUAUUUAUAUAAAUGUGUUGUGAUCUAUUUGGAAAUCUUCAAGGGAUGGUUUGAAGUCAUGGAAAAAGGUCGUCAGAACAUUUGCAUGAAGGAAAUUCAUUUUUUGAUACUGGGAUGUUUUCCUGUUGACUCCUAUCUCUUUCUGAAUAUAUACAACGUACUAAUGGAAAAAAUGGUUGUGUAUGGUAGCCGUGUUAAUUACAUUUUUUGGGAAGUUCUGUUGGUCUUCAUCUUGGCUGUGGGAGCAAAGUUCUCUGCUUGUUCAUGGUCAUGCUGGGGUUUCGUUCUAAAAUCCCAAAGUCGCUUGCUUCUUUCUUAUCAGUAUGGAUGCAUGCCAAUCAGGGAAUUGAUAGAAUUGGUUGGAUGAUUUUAUAGUGUGUAAAGAGUGGAGAGAUGGUUGUGAGAGCUGGAGAUGGACGGCCUUAUGCUGUUCAGUUAUUCUGAAUACUAAGUUUUAUAAAUAGAUACAGAUUAUAGAUUCUUACUUGGCUUAUUCCAUUUUUCAUCGGAUUGAAGACUCGUGUGCUUUAAAAAGUACCAUCAUCCAAAUGUGCCAUUGGGAUAAGGAUCGACCAUCCUUUGGUAUCCUAAUUCAUCCUUGAACCUGACAACAAAAUGGAAAAAACUCGGAUCAGUCUGGAAUCAAUUAUCUUUGAAGAGAAAUUAGCUCAUUCCAUGGAUUCUUCCUCUUCAGCUAUUCAGGCCUGGACAUUUAGGAGUUCCCUUUGCCUUUCCUAUCGUGAGAGGGGAGAUGAGGCUACUGUAGGUGGUAUAAGAAAAAUAAUGAGUGAUAGAAUAAAAUCACUAUUGCCUCUUUUAUUUUGCAUUCCAUAAAUGUUGCAGUGAUCCUUAAGGUUCUCAAGUGACAGGACAAGUUGAUAGUUCACCACAGUAUUACCUUGCAAAUAAAGGACAUGCUUCGUUAAUGGCCAUUAAAAACAUAAGAAUGCAAAAACGAACACAGAGCGCCUCCACACUUACUGUUGCCUAGACAGCCUUUUCCCCUCCUCGGUUUUCGUUUUUUUCUAUUUUUCCCUUUCUGUGGAGUGACGUUGCUGGCUUACCUCUGUGGGCAAAUCAAUCAUGAGUGAAAGGAAUGGGAUGCCAUAUCAUGGUCCGAGAAUAUAGUCUAAGGGCUCUGGAUCUUAUCACUGCUGUGUUUUCCGCAAAUCUUGCUGACUGAAGCUGCUUUAUUUUUUAAGAGAUUCCUGGUGGAACCGAGUAUGGUGCUUAUAUUCCUCGUGAGGAAGAGAGGGUCGGACAACGAGUAAUCAGGGACACAGAAUCAAUUGAAGCAUCUUAUGAUCAGUAUCUACGCAGUGGGGUAUGCUCUAAAUCUGUUGUAGUACUUGUUAUUUUCUUAUUUCGUCUGUUGUUGUGUGAAAUUCUGAUAGAUGAUAUCACCAGCAAAUAUCUUCUUAUGGUGCUGGAGACUCUGGUGGCCCUUCGAGUGGAGGAGUCUCCACUCAUCAUGUUGCAGAUCCCCGAUUGAUGAACGUGGGUCUUGUGGAGAACCGGAGUGUGGGAUAUAGCGGUGGAAGACAGGAAAUGUCUCUUCCCCCAGAUGCUUCGAAUACACUAUUCGUGGAAGGUCUCCCUGCGGAUUGCAGUCGCAGGGAAGUUUCUCGUAUCCUUUGCACAUCAGCCCUUCAACCUGUAACUAUGAAUUCCAAUGGGAAACUAUGACUUCCUAUGUGUUACCAUCUGCGCCAUUUUCUUAGCUUGAGGCUUGCAGAUAUUUUUCGUCCUUUUGUAGGAUUUCAAGAGGUGAGGAUUGUCAACAAGGAGUCCAAGCAUGUAAGAUGGUCUUGCAUUCCGAGUGUAUUUUAAAUGGUCUAAGCUGUUUGGGCUGGCAAGUGAUUCUUCAACGUAUAUCCUCACUGCAGCCUGGAGGUGAACCGCAUGUCCUUUGCUUUGCUGACUUCCUGACUCCCAGCCAAGCAGCAAUUGCACUUGGAGCCUUACAAGGUGAGUGAAGAAAUCGCGUGUAAUAAUUUGUUAUUACUAUUUAUUUCAAUAAUAUUCCCCCCAAUAUGUUUCUUUCUCCUUGAUCUGUCUGUCUGCUUCAGUUCUGGGUUUUUUAGAGGAUUUUCUCGACUCUUUGACCUCGCUUAAGUCUGGGUCUCACAGCUGCAAUUCCCUUUCUGUUCUUCCCAAGGGAAGUAUUUGGGGAAAUUAUUGGUUGGAGCCAAAGCCCUGAUGUUCACAGCCUCUGUCUGAGGAUUUAUAUUCUGCUAGAUCUAGACAGGCACGACUGGUUUAUUAGAUCUCAAGAGAUGAACUGUAGUCUCUACAUCAAAUAAUUCCACGCCGCCAUUCUGAGCUGUUUAUGGAUCAUGAAGCGGCCAUGGUUUAACUUUUCAGGCUACAAGUUUGAUGAACACGACCGAGACUCAGCUACCUUAAGACUACAGUUUGCACGCUAUGCUGGCCCGAGAUCUGCAUGGCCCCGUGGGAGGCAUUGA